GGCUCAUUGUGCCGGGUAGUUGUUCCUUUAUUUUUCAACCGCACUACGAAGAGUUACAGUUACUCACCAAAAAUCACGAGCGGAGAGCAGAGGUUCCUGCGUUCUUGGUUUAUGAUGCUUGUGUGUUUCGCUUUUCUACUUUUUCCUCCGGGACCGACGAGUAGAAACAGAAUUUCAGACAAAUGUGACGAACAUUUUGUUGCUCAUCGCAAGGGCUUUUACCAAGAUGCCUUCCUCCCGUCGUAACAACAAGUCUUCCAAGCGGGACCAGCAGUCCUCUGACGAUGAGGAGGAGGAUGACUGUUGCUGUUUCGCCCAGAAUUCUACGACGCAACUCUUCGUCACCGCCUUUGUGCUCUUCUUCCUUGCGGUGUGUGGGGGAAUUGCGGCGGCGGCGCUCGGGUCCCAACGCUGCUGCGGGUCGGCAUGGACGAAUGAGGAUCACGUGUCUUUAGCCUGUUCUGCGGUGUACCGGAGUUGCUAUGACGUGACGCGAGCGGCUUUGGGCGUCGGGAUGAGCGCCGUGUCCUUGAUGCUGAUCGGGUAUGUAGAUACUUACCACGUAGGAGUUUUUUUUUGCAUCGAGUGCUGUAUGUGCAAGACAAAGUUGAUUUGUCAUGCAGAAAGCCGAAUUACAUGUAAGUACAAACUCAGGUUCAUCAUGCUCGGAAUCGCCUGCCACUGUCAACACCAGCGGCGCAUGGACAAGAAGGCGCAGCGGCGGGAAGCGAACAAAAAGUAUAGGCAGCGUACGUGUUUGUCAUGCAGAGCCUGCAUGAGCGUGUAAAUUUGCAGAGAAUUUGUCAUGCUGACAAUCGCAGCAUAAUACGGGAACAAAAAGAUUUUCGCAUCUUCCAACAUACAGGUACGAAUUCAAAACGGAGCAGAAACGCCUUCGGAAACAAGAAGCCGCUGCAGACCACCAGGAGAUUGAAAUGCGCGGCGCGGUCACCCCGCCCAGCAGAUCCGCUCGAGGGUUAUUGAACCCGGCCAUACCGCUAUCGCAAGAAAAAACUGUUUCACUUGUGAUGCAGAAAAUGGAUCGCAUAAGUGUGUGUCGUGCUACACAUGCAAGACAGUGAGUUUCUAGCUGUACUUUCCCUUAGGAACCCCGCAUGACAGAUUUUCAGUGUCAUGCGUAUACAAACUUGUGAUGCAGAUUUUGCAAAAUCACCACAGUGAAACAGUUUUUUCUUGGGAUAACCGCCGCCAACUUACCAGCAACAACCGUACGUGCAACACGGAGGACCACCGCCAGCACCAAUGUACACGCCGCGGGGAGUGAACCUACGUGGUCCACCACCACCACCUCCGCCGGAACACCAAACUUCCUAUCAGUACUCCUCUCAGCAAGUCGGGUACAACCCGUCAGCAGAACACCAGCACCAGCAUCACACAAUCCCGGCGCCACAGUUAGUCGUCCAGCGAUCCCCCCGGGGGGAACAAGUCGUGCACCAGAUGCGAUCGCCGAGGUAUACUCCGGCGGAACAUCACGGUUCCAGCUACCCGGUUGUGCAGGAGACUAUCCGAAGUCAGCGGGUUGUGCCGGUUGGGCAUCAUCAGCCGCGGUCGGGCAGGAGUAUGACUCCGCCAGUAUCUUCGCGUGGAAGACACCAGGUGGUCUACGGGGCGCCAUAUUACAAGGAAAAAUGCCCCCACCCUGAACUUGGCAGCAUUUGUAUUGCAAACCUUUCUAAUGGAAACAUUCCCCGUCUUGCAUCUAUCAGCAUCACAAAUUUGCCAUGCUGAAUAGCUCAAAUUUGUGUUGCAAAGGAGCCCAACAGCAGCCGGAUCUGUUAUGCAAAAGAUACCUUGCGCACCUAGAGCUAGAUUCUGCAUCAGAGAGGCUCGUAGUCCUUUCAUGCAAGGCAAAAAGCGUUCAUUUGGAAACUUUGCUUGAGAAACUUUCGCAGAUUCCGGGAUGGGGGCAUUUUUCAUUGUAAUACGCCGCAGUUCGGAGGCGGGCCGCAGAUUGUGCCGUCCGCGCCGGUAUGGAUUGUAAAAAUGUCUGGGUCUGGAAGGGUUGGAACUUGUGAUGCAAACUCUGGAACACACAAAAAUUUGUGUUGCAUGAGCGCCAAAAGCUGUCCAUUUCUUGGCACACGAGUAGGAGGUUUCUCAUGCGGGACAGGCAUCAUGAGGCGUGCUCAAAACCUGUGAUGCUUUUGCCUGCAUCAGACGCCAUUUGCGUGAUCCGAAAUAUGCAUGACAAAUCUCGCGAUCUUCCAGACCCAGACAUUUUUACAUUUGAUAGUCGGGGGCGGGAUACCACUAGACUUUUAUGAGCAAGAACACUUCUUCUGCUCUGAGGGAGUCCGAACAAAAUCGCCUAACCCUGGUCUUCUUCCAAACAGCGCGAGUAUGAAAAUUACGUAUAAAGGCAGUUCACCAGCAGUCCUUGUUUCACACAAAGAACGAUCCGCCCUCCAACAUACAAACGAUUUUCAGCUGCAAUAAGUACAACAACUUCUGAACAAGAACCACCAUAUGAGAUGAAGAUGGACGAAAUUCUUUUGCAACAACUUGACUUUUUGCUAAUCGCCGGCAUUUGCUAGAUUUCCCACGAUCCUCCACCGAGUUCAAAGUUCUUUCUCAUCGAGCGCCUGCGCGGUACUAGAGGUCUCGAUCGAUUUUGAAAAGAUGAAGAAUUAGUGGCAAAGAGCAAGCAGCUGUAGCAAACCAAAAAAGCUAUAGAACAAUCUUACGGCGAGGAACUACUCCGAGAAGAUAGUACAUGGUACUAGUUGUAACAAGCCAUUUAGAACCUUUACAAGAUCAUCGCUUGAUGAAGAUAUCAACCGAAGAUUAGAGAUCUAUGCUAAAAAGACACACUCUCAAUCGUAGUUGCGGUUUGUCACUGCAAGGGAUAUUAGUUUUGUCAAGAAGCAACUGUGG